CCCGGCUCCAGUUACCUCCCCUCCCCCCGUGUGACAGCCCCCUCCUCCUCCUCCGUGCUGCUGCUGUUGUUUGCUGCUGCUGAUGCGCCCCGUGCUCUGCCAUACUGCAGCCCGAGAACUUCCCGGCCGCGGAGGAGCAGUGCAGGUCAAGAUUACUGAGCUCAGAGCUGGACACCCUUACCCACAUCGCACCGAGCAUGUGCAAGGCGAGAAGCAGAUGAUGCAUAAAGGAAGAAGAUCUGUGAUCGCAGUCACAUUGUGGCACUCUCCAGACAGCGCUUUUCACUUUGAGAUAAUGGAUUUGUGAUUGGGCUGUUGCUUCUUCUCCAUUACAACCGUUGGGCCGUAACCAGCAUUUUCUGCGUGUGAACAUUUCCUUGGAGAUGGCAGUGUACCUUUUAUGUGCGCUUAUGUGUUUUGUACUAAGGACUUCUGAGGCGUUUGUGCCGGAGCCGAGACUCACAUGGCAAGGAACAGAAAUUAGCCUAACUCGUUUUCACGUGCCAGAAGUAUAUAACUAUUCCACAUUGUUGCUAAGUGAUGAUGGGGGUAUUCUGUACAUUGGGGCCCGGGAAGUGAUAUUUGCCGUAAAUUCACAGAAUAUAUCAGAUAAGAAGCAUGAGGCUUACUGGAAGGUUACUGAAGGUAAAAAUGAGGAGUGUUCUCGAAAAGGAAAAUCCAAACAGACGGAGUGUCUGAACUACAUUCGUGUGUUGCAGCCUUUUAAUGAAAGUGCUUUGUUCGUGUGUGGAACCAACGCUUUUCAGCCCGUCUGCGACAUCCUGGAGUUGAAGAAUUUUAAGCUUCUGGGUAGAAAUGAAGAUGGUAGAGGAAGAUGUCCAUUUGACCCUGCACAAAGUUACACUUCGGUAAUGGUUGAUGGAGACUUGUACUCUGGAACUUCCUUUACCUUCCUUGGCAGUGAGCCAAUCAUAUGUAGACACUCCCAACAGCUAAGCAACUUGAGGACAGAAUAUGCAGUACCUUGGCUUAACGAACCCAGAUUUGUGCAUGCGGAUGUGAUCAGGGCACCCGAGCACAACCCGGAGGGGGACGAUGACAAGAUUUAUUUCUUCUUCACCGAAGUGUCUGUAGAGUAUGAAUUUUUCAACAAGCUUCUGAUACCAAGAAUAGCCAGAGUUUGCAAGAGCGAUCAGGGAGGUCUGCGGACUUUACAGAAGAAGUGGACCACGUUUCUCAAAGCCAGGCUGAUUUGUCACUCGCCAGAAAACAACUUGAUUUUCAAUGUUGUCAACGAUGUGUUUAUCCUGAAAUCGCCAACAUUAAAAGAACCCGUUAUCUAUGGAGUUUUUACUUCUCAUCUAAACAAUGUUGGCAUGUCGGCAGUAUGUUCGUACAGUUUAUCUAGUGUGGAAGACGUCUUCACAAAGGGAAAGUACAUGCAGAGCGCCACAUUGGAACAAGCGCACACUAAAUGGGUGCAGUUUAAUGGGGAAAUACCGAAACCACGACCUGGAGCAUGUAUAAACAAUGAAGCUAGAGCCAUGAACUACACUAGCUCACUAAACCUACCAGACAAGACAUUGCAGUUUGUGAAAGACCACCCUCUAAUGGACGACUCUGUGGCUCCCAUUGGAAAGAAACCCAAGCUUGUGCAUCAAAAUGUGACCUAUACUCAGAUAGUUGUAGACCAAGUGAAAGCGUUGGAUGGGAACACUUAUGAUGUCAUGUUUAUCAGUACAGAUAAAGGUCUGUUGCACAAAGCAAUCAGCCAUGACACCGAGAUGCGUAUUAUUGAAGAAAUAGUCCUAUUUCCUGAUCAUCAGCCAGUCCAGACGUUACUGCUUUCAGACAAGCAGAGCAAAAGAUACAUCUACGCCGGAUCGAACACCGAGGUGGUGCAGUCUCCUGUUGCUUUCUGUGAGAAGCUCACUUCUUGUGCAGAGUGCAUACUGACAAGGGAUCCUUAUUGUGCGUGGCACCCGGUUAAGAAUUCUUGUGUUGAUAUCCUUGAGGAGAGUAACACUGACAGGCCCUUGAUUCAGGCAUUAAAUGGAGACGCAUCUCAAUGCCCAGAUUCUGCUGAUAAAGGAAUCCGAGAAAGUAUGAGGUACACGGUGAAGUCAGGAAGCACGGUAGAGCUGAAAUGCUCUUACAAGUCUAAAUUGGCGUCAGUGUUUUGGACAUUUAAUAAUGAAACCUUGAAAAUAAGCCUACCCAAAUAUCUUCUGCACAGUACUUUAGUAAUAUUCAAUGUGGCCGAGGGGGAUGCAGGCACUUAUCAGUGCUGGUCACAAGAGGUCAUAAUGGACAAAGUGUUUUCUCAGGUGGUUAUGACACAUCAUUUGGCAAUUGAAAGGACCCCACUCCCCCUGACCAGCACAACGCAAUCUACAACACGAAGGGAAGAAACCAUAAAGACCACUCACUUUUAUACAAUCGCAAAGGAGAAGACCACCAAGAUGUCAACCAAGGUGUCAACAACUCAAGCAAUGACACCAUUCAUUGGUGUAACCCACUUUAAUAACAAAAUAACACCUACAGAAUCUCUGAUAGAGGUAUUCAGCUCCAUGUCUGAUGUUGGGGUUGGGAAAGCUUUGUACUUGACCAACAACAAUGAUUGCUCUCUCCUUAUCAUCUUGGUCAUCGUGUUCUUUUUUCUUUUCCUUUUGUUGUUGACGUACAAUUGCUACAAGGGAUUUCUACCAACCACCUGUCUAAAGUAUCGUGACGCUAUGGUGCAUAGCAAGAAGAAGACACCUCUCAACAUGAAAGAUUGUGAACAAGGUGUUAAAGAAACCUUAGUAGAGAAAGUGUGCACUGAGAACCAAUGUGGAGGAACUCAGAAAGCACCUCAGGAUACCGGUUAUGAGACGGAACCGGACUGUAGCAAUGGGAACAUUACUCAUAAAGAAGAUGAGAUGACUUCGGAAACUGAAAAGGACCAACCAUUCGAUGUUAAGUGUGAAAUAAAAUAUGCUGAUUCCGAUGGUGACUGAAAAUCAAACUUCUUGGGAAUUAAGCAUUCUGAGCCAUAAGCAAUGGGGCUUUUUUGCAGUCCACUGCCCAGCUUCACUCCAUUUCAGAAAAGAUGUGUGGCUAUUGGGAUUGUCCACCUUAUCAAGGCCCUGGAUUAUACUGGUUUAUCUUUUACAUUCCUUCUCGUUCAGUUUUUUUUUUUUUUUUUUUUUCCCCCCCUUCAUCACAGAAGACUAACAUGUAUUAAGUCAUUGCACGAUACCGAAUUAUGAAGUGAAUUCCAAAUUGGAAGUUUAAUUGUUUAUCAGAUUGGUAAAGAUCUGCUCAACUGGGACCACAUAGGUCUCAUCUAUUCUUUUUAGUACUUGAAGGUGUAAAUUUAAGAACAUGCUGUACAUAAGUUCUGUGUUUUAAUUUGCUUAAAGUUUUGUGAAAUAGAUUUAAAGUUGCUUUGCUUUCUCAGGGAGAAAAAAAAGCUAUUUUUGUUGUCCUUCAUUUUACAAAAUGGCAAAGAAAUUUGACUUGUUAUGCGCCACAGUAUUGACUGGAGUCAGAGCAUGAGCAUUAAAUCUAAAAAUGGGAAAGAUGCAAAUAAUCCCUGCUCACUCCGCAAUGAUGCCAUGGGGGCAGGAUUUCAAAAGUCAGAAGUGACUACUUUUAUAAGCCACUGCUUACUUGGAAAAUGAGGGAAACGUGAACUUUCAGCAAAGACUUCUUUUUUUAAUUAAUAUAUUUUGCCUGUCGGAACACUGGAGUGGACUGCAGAGUCUUAUAAACUUGUAUUGAAAUAAAAAGACUGGAAUCUGAAGGCACCGUAGCGGUAAUAUUGUGUAGGGCCUACUUUCCUGAUACUAUAGGGGAGAAUAUACUGUGAUUCUUGCUGUUUAUACUUCUGAAAACGAUUGUCUAUUUUUCUAUACCUGCUCUGUAUAAAUGUAAAUUCACAAAGCCCUAAAAAUUAAAGUAUUAUUUUAUUGUUGGAA